CCCCCGGGGCCGGAGGCAGCGCGAAGCCGCCAAAGGGGCCGGGCCUGGAGACUCUGAGCGGGAAACACCCGGUCAAUACAAACCACAGCGGGUAAAAAAUUGCAGGCAUGAUUGCGGUGAGACUUCCCCUUUUCAGGGGGCUUUAAAAGAAAAGCAGAAUGAUGCAAAGGCAGAGAGGAGACGCGGAGGCGGCCGGGCGAGCAGCGAGCGGCACAGCAGCGCGGUCAGGGCCGGGCACCGCGGCCAGGAGCAGCUAUGGGGGACGCGUUCAUCAGGCACAUAGAGCUGCUGGGCUACGAGAAGAGGUUUUUCCCCAGCCAACAUUAUGUCUACAUGUUCCUGGUGAAGUGGAACGACCUCUCCGAGAAGCUCGUCUACCGCCGAUUCACCGAGAUCUACGAGUUCCACAAAGCGCUGAAGGAGAUGUUCCCCAUCGAGUCCGGCGACAUCAACCCCGAGAACCGGAUCAUCCCUCACCUGCCCGCCCCCAAGUGGUUCGACGGCCAGCGGACGACACAGAACAGGCAGGGCACGCUGGCCGAGUACUGCUACAGCCUGGUGAACCUGCCGCACAAGAUCUCCCGGUGCCUGCAAGUGGUGAACUUCUUCAAGGUCAGGCCUGAUGACAUGAGCCCCGUCACGGACAGCCAGAUCAAGAAGCCCGAGGUGUUCCUCCUGCCAAAGGACUCCAAGAAAAAUUCCACCGACAUCACAGGUCCCAUCGUCCUGCAAACGUACCGAGUGAUAGCCGACUACGAGAAGAGCUCCAGGUCCGAGAUGGCUCUAAAGUCUGGGGAGAUGGUGGACGUCGUGGAGAAGAGCGAGAGUGGCUGGUGGUUCUGUCAGUUAAAGAAUAAGCGGGGCUGGGUCCCAGCUGCCUAUCUGGAGCCGAUAGACGGUCCUGAUGAAUCUGAAGAGCAGGAUCCCAACUAUGAAGGUGAGCUCUACGUUGUCCAGAAAAGCUACACAGCCGUUGAGGAGGACGAGCUGACUCUCAAGGAGGGUGAUACUAUAGAAGUCAUCCACAAGCUACUCGAUGGCUGGUGGGUCAUCAGGAGGGAUGAAGCCACGGGUUAUUACCCCUCCAUGUACCUGCAGAAAUCCGGGGAGGAGAACGGCCCCAUGAAGAGCGAGCUGAGGAACCGAAGCGCCCCUCCUCGGAGAUCCACCAUCCGAAAUGCUAAAAGCAUCCACAAGCAGAGCCGGAAGCAAAUCAGCCAGGAGACCUACAGGCGGAACAGCAGGAAGUAUAUCCAGAGCCGGAGAAAUAUGAAGGGCAAUUUCAAGGAAAAGGCCAACAUUAUCAUUGAGAAAAAUGAACACGAAGAAAACAGGUCCAAGGCUCAACCUGCUGUUCCUCCCCGGCCCAGCAAAGACCUCAUCAUGAAUCGCUGUACGGAGAGCACCAGGAGAAAGAUCAUGUGAGGCCCUCAGCCCCCCCAAAACCAAGCAAGUAGAUGCUUUAUCUCUGUCAGCUCCUGUGCAAAAAGGGGCUCAGAGCCAGAGUGGGAAACUCUGCUGGGGAAUUUACAUGGCUCUGAAAAUAGCUGCAAGCCAUGAGGAACUGCAGACUCAGCAGACUGCAAUCCAGGGCCCUGUGUUAAUUCAACAGCAUAACAACUCUGAGAUGUCCUAACUAUAACAUGAGAAACUAAGUGAGCACUGCUCCGUUGGCUUUUCUGGGGGCUGAAGAUUCCCAGAACCUGUUGGAGACGUUCUUGAUCAAUAGGCUUUUUUUUAAAUCCCUCAUUUGUAUUUUGAAUGAUUUUAUGGUGUUCACCAAUUACCAGCUUUCUACAGAAAGUGCUUCGGGGCUUCAGUUACUGUGAGAAAACAGUUGUGAGCUAACAUGUAAAUAAUUUGUACAAAGAAAAGACACUUUAUCUAUGUAUUUCAGUGCUUUUUACAGGCUUUCAGUGUUUUUAUUAAUUCAGCCAAACAGCUGAUUAAUAAACA